AUGGAUCCCGACACUCCUCUCCCACCGCCUCAACCCUCAAUCUUCCGCUGGGUUCUCGGCUUUCUCAUGGUAGGCGCUGCAUGGGGCCUAACAACUCCCUUCAUGCGGCGCGCAGCCAUCGACUACACCGCCCCAGAACGGCCGUGGCUGGAUGAUCCGAGUAAAUCGUGGAUUAGGAGGAAGGCAUCCGGUGUGAUCUAUGCGGUGUUGGAUUUGCUUAGGAGGCCAGCGUAUGCGAUCCCGUUGCUGGUUAAUAUUACGGGGAGUGUUUGGUUCUUCUUGUUGAUCGGACAAGCUGAGCUGAGCUUGACGGUCCCAAUCACCAAUUCUCUGGCUUUUCUAUUUACGGUAUUGGGGGAAUGGUGGGCUGAGGGCAAAGUCAUUUCGCGAGACACUUGGAUAGGCAUGGCCUUUGUCUUAGGUGGCAUCGCUCUGUGUGUACAGGCCAAAAGUUGA